AUGUGGAUACAGAAUCUUGCUUUUGCAAAAGCAAACUCAGAAGCUGAAAAACUUCUAUGGGAAAGGCUGGUGAACGACUUAAAAAAAAUAGACUUGACACAACUUCCAUAUAAUCACCCUCUAUAUUCUGGUAUAUUUGAUAUUGAGUCAUCACCUAUUUCUGAUUUGCCAGAUUCUCUUUGUAAUGUUUUUGAGGAAAAUACCAAAAAAAAGUUUUGCAUAGAUAAUAAUGAAGCAUUGUUGCAAACUUGCAAAGAGUAUAUUCAAGAGAUUGAAUCAAGUAAAAAAUACUUCUUGACACAAUUAAUGCUGCCCUAUGAACGUAAUCUAUGGGAAUUCCAUACAUUUUCUGAAAUUGAGAUUUUUUAG